GUUUCCCAACUCUGAGAAUAUUAGAAAAUGGCGCAGCAACAAAGGGGCCUUCCGAAUGUAAAAAACGAUCACGUUCAACAAAAGCAUCAGUGACUUUCGUGAAAAUUCGUAUAUUAUUAAGAAUGGAACAGCAGAAUAAAAGUGAAAUUACAAAUUUAAGAAGUGAAUUAGACAAUUCGCAUCAACAAUGCAGAAUUUGCUUAAAGUCACACUCUUCUACCUGGGAUUUAUUUCGCGAUGGAAAAAAUGUUAUUCGCAAGUUGACCGCUUUCGCCAAUGUACAGGUGGAAGAAGGUGACGGUUUACCUUCUGUCGUCUGUCCAGAUUGUCGACAACUUGUCGAUAUUGCCUACGAUUUUAAAUGCCAAGUUGAAAAUUCUGAUAUGAAAUUACGAAACACCUUUUUAACAAAAGAUUCAUUGUCUUUAACACAUUCAAUUAACAAAGUAAUAUCAGAUGCAAUAGCAGAUGAAUUUUCACAAAAAGUUAUUUCGUGCAACGUAGAAAAUCGCAGUCUACCACUUAAUGAUAUAAGUUCAAAAAUUGAACAUUUCUCAGUGCAUUCUAAUGAGCAACUAGUUUCAUCGCCUUUAAAUAAUUCGACAAACAUAAUAGCAUUUAAUAUCGCUGGAAAUUGCGCAGAGAAACACGAACCUGUCGCUGAAAUAAUUGAAGAAAAUUUCAUUUAUCAAGAAAGUGAAAAGUUAAAUGUUUCCGAGACAUUACAGGAAGAGAAUUCAUCGAGAGUUGAUGGAAAUAUUCAUCAGAACGCCGAAGGACAUUUAGACAUUGAUUUCGAAGAAGAAUAUGUAAAAAUAGAGGAAGCACAAAAUCGACUGGAAUUUACAAAUGAUAAAAUCGAAAAAAUUCCAUCAACAUUUGAAGCCGUUAAUAAUGUCACAGAAAAUUGUAAUGAUAUUAAUGAUUUUAAUGAUCAUCAUGAUGAUGAUGAUGAUGAUGAUGACGAUGAUAAUGAAGAAAUUCCAUUAAUAUGCCGAACACAAAAACUAAAAUGUCCCAAAUGUAUAAAAUUAUUCUCCAGUCGUACUGCAUUGGAGAAACAUGUUAUUGUUCACAAAUCGAAAACAAAAUUACGCUAUGUUUGUUAUUUGUGUGAAAAGCAAUUUUCACACGUGGGGAAAUUAAAAAGUCAUUAUCAAGACGUUCACGAGAAGAAUAAAGACGAUGAGAAAAUAGAACAAAAUGAAAUUAACGAAACGGAAAAUGUGAAAAGAAUCGAUAAAGAAGGACAUUCAUCAGAAAAGAAAGCCUUUAAAUUUUCCUGCAAAGUUUGUUCAAAACAAUUCACGUAUCAUAAAUCAUUUGUAUCUCACGCUAAAAUACAUCCCGAAUAUAAUACAGAUGAAUUAAUUAAUGAAUCGUUACCAGCAAAAGAUACGGAGGGCUCAACGAAAUCUAAAGAGGUGGAAUCAGAUGACGAGGAAAUGCUAACUGAAGGUUUACAGUGUACAAAAUGUGGUAAACUAUUUGCAACAAAGAGAAAUCUCAAACGACAUCUUCUGACUCAUACUGGCUUGAAGUACAAUUGUCCCAUGUGUGGCAAGGAAUUCUCCAGAGUCGAUAAGCUGAAAGAACAUGAACAAUCGAAGCAUAAGGAUGAAAUGUUUGGUGAUCUGUCAGAAGAUGGUUUCGAUGAUGGUACAGAUAACGAUAAUAAAUCAUCAGAUCUUCCAGAAAAUAGAAAGAAGGAAAAAUACAACAGACCGCAUCAAUGUAAUCUUUGUCCAAAAGCUUUUGCUCAGCCACAAUCUUUGGCGAACCAUAUGGAGCGUCACAAGCGUGUUAAAGACACGCAAAAGCGAUUUUUGUGCGAGGUGUGUAGCAAAUGUUUUGCACAAAGUGGUUCACUGGUAGCUCACAUGCGUACACAUACAGGCGUUAAACCAUACGUUUGCAAUGUUUGUACGAAAGCGUUUACAAAAAGUACGUAUUUACAGCUACACUUACGAACUCACAGUGGAGAAAAGCCCUACAUUUGUCAGUAUUGCAGUAGGGCAUUUGCGCGCGCCAACACUUUAGCGAGACACAUAACAAUGCACACGGGCGAAGCUAAAUAUCAUUGUCAAAUUUGCAUGAAAUCCUUCAGACGAUUGACUUCCCUUAAUGAACAUACUUACACGCACACUGGUCAAAGACCUUAUGCAUGUAAAAUAUGCGCUAAACGAUAUAAUAACGCCGGCUCGUUGUAUGCCCAUACGAAAAAAUGUAAAUCACAACAACAAUCUAACAUUGUCCCGACCUAUCCAGUCAGUACUGAGUCGACGGAAAAUAAUUUACAAAAUAAUCUUUCCUCCCCAUCGAAUCAAUUAAUUUCAUCGUCACAAGUUUACUCUCAAAAGAAAUUGAUAGAAACCACAACGGUAACUCAACCUAUUCCUGUACCUCAAUUUAUGAUUGCUAAUGUCCACAAUCAAAAAUCACUGACUAGCAAUAUCAUUCAACCGUUUCCAGUCGAAGAUCCGAAUCUUUAUGCCAUGAGUACAAAACAGUUUAAAAAUCCAUACUAUACCAUUUAUCCUAAUAUGUAAGAAACUCUUCUUAAACCCAAACAGCUCUUUGUUCGAACUUUGUUCCCUUAACUUUAAGUUUCAGGUAAUCCUUUAUUUUUAAAACUUUCAUUUUCUCUAAAUUAUUAUUGUUUAUUUCAAACUGUUCAAUUACUUGUUUAAUGUUCCGUAAACAAAAAUUCGUAUUGCUUCGAAAAUGUUUAAUUCAACAAUGUCAGGGUGGCCACUUUUUUCAUAAAAAAAAUUCACGGUCAUUUCCCGGUCAUGAAUUAUUUUUCCUGGACAUAAAGAAUAACUUUGAAAAUAAAUUAUUCCAUGACAGAUUGAAAGAAUUCCCUGAUUUUUAGACAAACUUUGACUUUUUCCCAAGCUCUAAAAAUUUUUUAGUUUACUCUAAAAAUAAUUGAAACUCCAAAAUAUGUUUAUAAUACAUUUGUUUGAAUAUCUUUAACUGCAAAAUCAUUUGGAACUUAAAUAGAUUUUUUUUGAAAUAAAUAUUUAAUUAUUAUCCAUUGUUUUUUCAUAGGAAUAAAAAAGAUCCAAAUUUCAAAUC